ACUUGACCUGUCGGUUAUGAGAGCUCAUCGAUAGGGUUUUAAUCAGCAUGCAUCUGGAUUAGAUUAGACCCGCCCACCGCCGUGCAUCACUUACAUAAACCUGACGCUCUGCAGCUCCUGCUCAGUGUGAGCUCCGUUCCCUUCAUCACACACAGUCCCUGGGGAACACUAGGGAUGGACCUCAAGGAGUUUUGCCUGAGUGAGAACUUCCAGUUUCUAAACCAGCACAACCUCUCCGAUGAGCCUCCGUCCCCGACCGACGCGCCGCUCAAAGCCGCCCCGCUGAGCCCCUCGCUCGGCCUGGACGGCAGCGCGACCCCGUUCAGCCCCGGCAGCGCGUCGGACAGCAGCGGCUACAGCGUCUUCUCCGGGAACCCGUCCCUGAACCCCGACUCCCCGGUCAGCUCCAGCUCGAUCUCCAGCAGCAGCGCCGCGGCUCUCUUCCAGCCCGUCGGGCACACGGACUCCCUGCUCGGCUGCGACUACAUCGCGUCCCUGAACCCGGGGCCCAAGCGCCUGUGCCUGGUGUGCGGAGACUUCGCGUCCGGGUAUCACUACGGCGUCGCGUCGUGCGAGGCCUGCAAGGCCUUCUUCAAAAGAACCAUUCAAGGAAACAUCGAGUACAGCUGUCCGGUGGUCAACGACUGCGAGAUCACGAAGAGACGGAGGAAAUCAUGCCAAGCAUGUCGUUUCCAGAAGUGCCUGCGUGCCGGCAUGAUGAGAGAGGGUGUGCGUAUGGACCGUGUGAGAGGAGGCCGACAGAAGUACAAGCGCAGAGUGGAUUCAGCGCUCUCUCUUUUCACCAAAACACCUUACGCUCAUCCCAGCAAACCGAUCCGAAACAAAGUGAUCUCUCAGCUCCUGGUAUCUGAACCGGCUCCUCUGAGGGCCGCCCCCGACCCCGCGACCCCCGACGGUGACCUUAAAACGCUGCUGACCUUAUGUGACCUUCUGAACCGGGAGCUGCUGGUCAUGAUCGGCUGGGCCAAACACAUACCGGGCUUCUCGGGCCUCGCUCUGGUGGAUCAGAUGGCGCUGCUCCAGAGCGGCUGGAUGGAGACGCUGGUGCUGAACGUGGUUUGGAGGUCUCAGGGUUCGGCCGACGAGCUGCAGUUUGCAGAGAACCUGCGACUGAACGAGAGCCAGUGCCGAGCCGCGGGACUGCUGGACCUCUACGCUGCUCUGAGACACCUGACCUCCAAAUACCAGCAGAUGGGCCUCAGCCAGGAGGAGCUGCUCACCCUCAAAGCCAUGGCUCUCGCCAACUCAGACGCAGAGAACGUGGAGGGCGCCGAGGCGGUGCAGCGCUUCCAGGACGGGCUCCACGAGGCCCUGCAGGACUACGAGAGCAGCCAGCGUCCGUCCGAAGCCCACCGCGCCGGACGCCUGCUCAUGACGCUCCCGCUGCUGAGACAGACGGCGCUCAGAGCCGUGCGCUGCUUCGGCCGGCUGCACACGGACGGACACGUGCCCAUGCACAAACUCUUCCUGGAGAUGCUGGACGCCAAGAUCUAGAGCAGGACCCAGGCGCUUCAACCCCUUAAGUGUCGCCCCCAUUUGUGAACAUAGACGUUAAAGUGCACUAUCCAAACUCAUCCAAAAAGUUUGGACUUUUUAUUUUAUUUGAUUUUAAAAGACGAAGGUAAUCUGCAGACUGUUGCGGAAGUGGAAUCGUUUCAAAAAGUUGAAAUUACUGCAAAGAAAAUGCACCGUACCACAUUUUUUAUUAUAGAUAAAAUAAAUGGUCCCACUUUAUUUUAGGUGGCCUUAACUAAUACUUACAUUUAAAUUAAUAAUUUGAUACAAUGCACUUAUUGUGUACAUGUUUUUACAUUGAUGUAUGUCAUCUGUAAUUAAUUACUGUAAUUACAUUAUUUUUAAUUACAUUGCGACCCAUCCCUUACACCUUAACCUACCCUUAAACCUACCCAUACCACCAAACCCGCUCCUAAUCUACCCAUAUACGAUCUUAAUAGAAGCAAUGUGUUUUUUGAUGCAACAUGAACAUAAUAAGUACAUCGUACUUAAUUUUUUCAUGUAAGUACAUAGUAGUUCCGGCCACCUGAUAUAAAGUGUGACCUAAUAAAUAAUUACCAAACUAUUUUUCGAUCUAAAAUUGAUAUAUAAAUUCAAAGCCUUAUGUCUAAAUAAGUUAUGUUCCAAAUUUGAAGUUGAUAUUAAAAAAAUGAAGUUCCUGUGAGAUUUUAAGGCGCUAUGCUACAAACAGCCAUCCCAAAAAAUCAUUUUUUAGGCAUUUUUCUGGUCACAAAUGUCUAAACCAUCUUCCAUUCCUUUUUAAUAUCCAAUACCAUUAACUAAUAGUGUCAGCUAAUUAUUAAGUAAUUAGCUAAUAACUAAUUUAUUACCCUGAUAUUACCAUUCUAUUACUUCUGUCGCAAAAUAUUGAAUCCCGAGACGCAGAUCUUUCCAGCAAAAUGUAUUUUAUGGAAAAUAAUUUUCAAGUAUGUGAAAAAGACGACAAAAACGAGAGCGCCACGAGGCCUGCAGGUGGGCCGGCGCCGCUUAAGGGGUCUUACUAGAGCAGCUCAAACUCUACAUGAAAUCAGGGCACUCGUGUCCAAAGCCACGCUUUAUCGCAGCUAAACCAGUCUGGCAGCUAAAAGACGGGAGGUUCAUAUCACUCUCCGUCUCACUCUUUUACUAUUUAUUUGAUUUAUACGGAGAUGACCAUUUGAUACGGUGUCAGCGAUAGUUUAGAAGCAUUUGGUUGUUUUUUUUUAGAUUUACGUGAUAUAUCAAGGUUUUUGAUUUUUUUUAUUCUGUAGAGGUUGUCGGUCUAGAUUUGGGAAUUCGGUCACUAUUGAAGACGCAGAGAGGUUCAGCAUCAUAAACAGCAACACGGAUAGUCUGCAGCACACGGCCAAGCUACUGAGCAACAUGCCUUUUUAUUUAUUGUGUCAUUUAUUACAAAUGCCACCUAUCUGCUGUUAUUUAUAUGAAAAUAAAUUAUUUUUUUGGGAAUUUUCCAGUGUUU